GAAAUAGAAAUAGAAUUAGAAUGGGUUACCUUAUCCAAGCGUGUUGUGAUCCCAACGGCACAUUACGAUGAAAGGUUAUCAUCCAUUUCGAUACACUUCACUGUCACUACAACAACCCCAUUCACCCUCCGUCAAUUCAACUAACACCAACAAUGGCUUCCACGUUUCAUCUCUCAACCCCUUUCUCCCACCACCAAAUCCACACUCUCAAACCUAACCUCCAUUUCACAAACCCCUCUCUCUUCCUCCUUCCCAAACGCAAACUCCACCACCCUAAAAAAUUAACCGUAAACUCCAUCGACAUAUCUAACGAAGCAGAAGAAACUGCAGAAAAGCCCGAUUCAGAUAAGCGUCGAUUGGAAGAGAAAUUCGCUGUUUUGAAUACUGGAAUCUACGAAUGCCGUUCGUGUGGGUAUAAAUACGACGAAGGUGUGGGUGAUCCUUCGUAUCCAAUUGCACCUGGUUUUCCAUUCGAGAAACUUCCUGAUGAUUGGCGAUGUCCAACGUGUGGUGCUGCACAGAGUUUCUUUGAAAGUAAAAGCGUUGAAAUUGCUGGGUUUGCUCAGAAUCAACAAUAUGGGCUUGGUGGUAAUUCUCUUACUUCUGGUCAGAAGACUGUGCUUAUUUAUGGUACUUUGUUGCUUUUCUUUGGCCUUUUUCUAAGUGGCUAUUUCAUACAAUAGUUUUUACUAAUUUAUUAUUAUUAUUAUUAUUAAUCAUUUUUAUUUUAUUACCAACAAUCGAUUUGCGUUGGAUGGAUUGGAUGCGUAUUAAUUGAUUAUGUGUUUUGGAGCUUUUUUAUUUGUAAUGAUUUUAAGAUAAGUUACAUUAUAUCGCCCAAUGCUUUGUUGGUGAUGUAGCUAAUACAAUAUUCUACUACCCAAUAGUAAGAGCUAAGUUUGAGGAUUAUCAA